AUGGACGACAAAAUAAGCCCUACAGGUAAGUUAGCUGAUGCAUCUAAGAUAGGGUUACUCCAUGAACAGAUCAAAAGGUUGCUGGGAAUCUUUUUGAAAAGAUUUGUUAAGACAUCAGUCAUUGUUGCUCACACAGAUGUAACACAAGUUCCAUUUGAUGUUGUUUACCAUUUCCUGCCUGAUGAUAAACUUGUUGUGGGACUGCCAUGCAGAGGUUACAUUGCAGACCACCAAGAUGAAAUUGGUGUUGAAACAGAAAAGAAAUUGUACAGAACAGCCAGAAACUUUUAUCUUAAGAUAGUAUCAAAGAUAAUUGAUAAGUUUCCCUUCUCCGACACCACUUUGCAAGACAUUGCUUUUAUAAACCCUAGGAUGAAAACCAAGAUAGUAUCUGACUCUGUUACAAAGCUGGCUACCAGGUUUCCACAGGCCAUAGGGUGUGAAAGUACAUCAGAACUUCUAGACCAGUUUACAGAGUACCAGCUGUUAUCUCCUGAUGAUCUUCCCACCUUUGACCAGGACAUAUCAUCAUUCUGGGGAGAAAUGGCAGAAGUUGAUGACAUCUUCAAUGAUAAAAAACGUUUUAACAUACUGUCAAAUCUUGCUAAAGCAUUUUUAGUUUUACCAAAUAGCAAUGCUGAUUGUGAAAGGGCCUUUUCUAUCAUAAAAAAAGAUAUACACAGAAUUCAGAUCUGAGCUGAACAAUGAUACAUUAUGUGCACUUUUGUCAUGCAAAUUUAACCAAACUGGCAGUUGCUAUGAGUAUCAGCCUAGUUGUGAUGUGCUGAAAGCAGCAAAACA